AUGCAGAACGCCAACGGGCCCUGCCCGCUCAUCGCCGUCGCCAACACGCUGCUGCUGCGCGGCCGCGUGCUCAUCUCCGACAUGGUGGUGGUGGUGAGCGCGGCGCAGCUCGUCGAGUACGUGUCGGACGCCGUGGCGGACACGGUGGCCAACGUGAACGCGCACGACGCCAUCGCCGUGCUGCCCGAGCUGCAGCACGGGCUGGACGUGAACGUGCGCUUCGGCGGCGUGAGCGACUUCGAGCCGACGCGCGAGUGCGCCGUGUUCGACGUGCUGCGCAUCCCGCUGUACCACGGCUGGCUGGUGGACCCGCAGUGCGAGGCGGCGGCGCGCGCCGUGGGGCGCAUGGGCUACAACGAGCUCGUCGAGCACAUCCUCGCCAACAAGUCGCGAUCAUGCGACAUCUGGCGGCACGCCGAGAAAGACACAAAAUUGCAAAGUGACGACAGGGCUCAUGCGCACCGUUCCAAAAACUCGCCUAGAGCGUGGCUGUGUGCGCAGUCGUCGGCGGACCAGCGGCUGGCGGCGAGCGCGCUGCAGGCGGAGGAGUUCCUGGCGUCGACGGCGUCGCAGCUCACCUACCACGGGCUGUGCGAGCUGGCACAGGCGGCGCGCGAGGGCGAAGUGGCCGUCUUCUUCCGCAACAACCACUUCUCCACGCUCUACAAGCACAAGGCCGCCCUCUACCUGCUCGUCACCGACCAGGGCUUCCUGCACGAGCCGUCCGUGGUGUGGGAGACGCUGAACAGCAUCGACGGCGAGAGCGCCUUCGUGGACGGGGACUUCCAGCCGGCGAGCGUGGCCGGCGGCGGCGGGAGCGGUGGCGCGGGCGGGGCCGCCUUCCUGUCGGUGGACGAGCCUGUGAGAGAAGAAAGGGAUAAAUAA